AUGGCGGAGGGCGCCCCUGACGAUGAGACGCUCGAGCUCACGCCCACAUGGAUCCUUGCGAUCGUCUGUGCCCUGAUGGUGGUCAUCUCCAUGGCCGCGGAACGCGGCCUGCACUACCUUGGCAAGAAGUUGAAGCGCAAUAACCAGAAACCGCUGUACGAGGCCGUCCUCAAGGUCAAAGAAGAGCUGAUGCUUCUCGGCUUCAUCUCCCUGCUGCUGACGGUGUGUCAAGGGAUGAUCGAGGAGAUCUGCAUUCCUCCUGACUGGAGAAUGCAUAUGCUGCCAUGCAAAAGACAGGAGGUGGCGCCCGCAAAGGAGCAUUUAGUUGCAACCCAGAUCAUUGGCAGAAUCGGGAGGCGGCUACUCAGCAAGGAUGCAACGGGAGCCGAGACCUGCAGGCAGAAGGGAAAAAUUCAGCUGAUGUCCCUUGAAUCUGUGCAUCAGUUGCAUGAGUUCAUAUUUGUGCUGGCUAUUACACAUGUCGUAUUCAGUGCUUUGACAAUACUUUUAGGAGGUGCAAAGAUGCAUCAAUGGAAACAGUGGGAGGAGGAUGCUAUUCAGAAAGAUACUGCAGGAAACGGGCCCAAGAAGGUGACCCUUGUACAGAAUUCCGAAUUUGUCAAGGAAAAUUUUAAGGGUAAUGACAAAUAUUCUAGAGUAUUGAGUUGGCUGCAUUGUUUUUUCAAGCAAUUCUACAGAUCAGUAAGUAAAACUGAUUACAGGACAAUGCGUCUUGGUUUUAUCAUGGCCCACUGCCCUGGGAACCUGAAAUUUGAUUUCAAUGAAUACAUGUUGCGGGUUUUGGAGUCUGAUUUUAAGGUGGUGGUUGGCAUAAGCUGGUACUUGUGGGUUUUCGUGGUGAUAUUUCUGUUGCUGAAUAUAAACGGCUGGAACACAUACUUUUGGAUUGCAUUCCUUCCCCUUAUUCUUCUGUUGGCUGCUGGGACUAAAUUAGAGCACGUCAUAGCUCAGUUAGCCCGGGAUGUCGCUGAGAAGCACUCCGCUCUCGAGGGUGAUUUGAUUGUAAAGCCAUCAGAUGACCACUUCUGGUUUGGGCGGCCGAGGAUUGUCUUAUUCCUGAUCCACUUUAUCCUCUUCCAGAACGCCUUCGAGAUUGCAUUUUUCUUCUGGAUACUGACCACUUAUGGAUUCAACUCGUGCAUCAUGGGGCAUGUAGGUUUUAUUGUGCCGAGGCUUGUUAUUGGGGUCAUUAUUCAGCUUCUCUGCAGCUACUGCACUCUGCCUCUGUAUGCAGUUGUAACACAGAUGGGAAGCUUCUACAAGAAGGAGAUCUUUAAUAAGCAUGUCCAGCAGGGUGUUCUGUCUUGGGCUCAGAAGGCUAAGAUGAAGAAGGCAUUGGAGAAGAGCAAUGGCACAGCAGAAUCAACGAGCACUGUUGAUUCAGCAGGGCCUUCUACUAAGAUUGAAAUGAUGAAACCAGCAACGCGGGAAGGCAAUGAUGAUUCAGCAGGGCCUUCUACUAAGAUUGAAAUGAUGAAACCAGCAACGCGGGAAGGCAAUGAUGAUUCAGCAGGGCCUUCUACUAAGAUUGAAAUGAUGAAACCAGCAACGCGGGAAGGCAAUGAUGACGGUGAAAUCAUAGAAUGGAGCCGUGUUGUCUAG